CCUGUGUGCUUCCCAGUGAGAAACAACUUGGGAUCAGGAGAAGACUCCGCAUUUGAGGGGACGGCGACAGCAGCAAGCAGCAAAAUGGAGUUCUUGUCCUACAGUGGGGAUCUCUCCAACAUCUUAGCCCUUUACAACUACAGCUAUGACUACAGCACAGCCAUGCCUGACACUGCUGUCUCAUCCUCUCCGUGCCGGCCUGAAAGCUCUGCCCUCAACAAGUACCUGGUGGUGGUGAUCUACUGCCUGGUCUUCAUCCUCAGUGUGGUGGGGAACGGGCUGGUGGUGCUGGUGGUGACCUCCAUCCACACCAGCCGCUCCGUCACCGAUGUCUACCUGCUCAACCUGGCCGUGGCAGACCUGCUCUUCGCCUUGACCCUGCCGCUCUGGGCAGCCUACCGAGCCCACGAGUGGGUCUUUGGCACUGUGAUGUGCAAAGCCAUCUCUGUGCUGCAGGAAGCCAACUUCUACAGCGGCAUCCUUCUGCUGGCCUGCAUUAGUGUGGACCGCUACCUGGCCAUCGUCUAUGCCACGCGGGCUGCCACUGAGAAGAGGCACUGGGUGAAGUUUGUCUGCUUGGGCAUCUGGGUUUUCUCCACGCUGCUCUCCCUGCCCGUGCUGCUCUUCCGCGAGGCUUUCCGCUCGCCCAACAACGGCACCGUGUGCUACGAGCGCAUCAGCGGCGAGGACACGGCCAAGUGGCGCGUGGUGCUGCGGGUCCUGCCACAGACCUUCGGCUUCGUCCUGCCCCUCCUGGUGAUGCUCUUCUGCUAUGGCGUCACCAUCCACACCCUCCUGCAGACCAAGAAUGCCCAGAAGCAGCGGGCCAUGAAGGUCAUCUUCGCUGUGGUGCUGGUCUUCCUCAUCUGCUGGCUGCCCUACAACAUCACGCUGGUGAGCGACACCCUCAUGAGGACGCGGGCCAUUGCCGAGACCUGUGAGAGGAGGAACAGCAUCGACACAGCCCUCUCUGUCACGCAGGUCCUGGGCUUUGCCCACAGCUGCAUCAACCCUAUCAUCUACGCCUUCAUCGGCCAAAAGUUUCGCAACAGCUUCCUCAAGAUCCUGGCGCAGCGUGGGCUGAUCAGCAAGGAUGCUGUUGCCCGCUACGGCCGUGCCUCCUAUGCCUCCACCUCUGGCAAUACAUCCACCACCCUCUGAGCUCUUCUAGGACCCAGCCCUUGUGGGUACCAGCAGGUCCAAGCACCCCACACACCUCAGCAUCCUCAUCCAGCCCCCUGGAGUGUGGGUGGUGAUGCCAUGGAGAUGGGCAGGGCCACCAUUGGAUGCUGGAUCC